CUUACCUCAGAACAAUGUUUCUUUGUAUGCAACAUGAAGGAUUUUUUUUUUCAUCCAACGGCCAGUUAGCAAUGGAUUUUUUAAUGUUUCAUUGCAUUUCACUAUGGUCUACACAUCUUUUUCCCAUAUGGAGAAGAAGAGGAGAGAAGGAGAGUCCUGCUCCCUCAUUUAGACGAGAUAAAUGUUACAGGAGGAAUGCACUGAUGCUACAAGGUGGCAUUUGCAUCAGAUAAACGUCCGUGAAAAAGCAACAACACGGAACUAAAUCAGCAUUUCGUGACGUUAUUAACGACAUUACCCGCGAUGUAAUAUCUCACGCGUGCGCGCGCACACAUUACUUGUAUAUCGUCACAAAACAGAAAGACGAACAGCAAGAACAAAAAAGAGACGAGGCUCUCUUUAGACGUUACGUUGAGUCUGACAUCAUGGGAGCUCCGCGAGCUUAAAAGAGACGGUAAAAACACAACGGGAGAAUCACAGAAAGGCUCUCAGUGUGGAAUGAUAACGACUAACUAACGGCGUCUCCUGUCAGCUCCUCUUCCCGCCGCUCAAGGCAGCAGCAGUCACGUGACAGCAGCGAGGGCUCACAGACCGAGAACGCGCUUCAUUCGCCAUACUGUGUUUUGUGCCAUAACGCAUUUUUAUCGCAACAUUUUACUCCCUCUCGGAGAAUAAUGACCGGCAAGACUCAGACCAGCAAUGUCACUAACAAGAACGACCCGCGCUCCCUCAACUCUCGGGUCUUUAUCGGCAACCUCAACACCGCCAUCGUGAAGAAGAGCGACAUCGAGGUCAUCUUCGCCAAGUACGGCAAGAUCGUGGGCUGUUCGGUGCACAAGGGUUACGCUUUCGUCCAGUACAUUAGCGAAAGGAACGCACGGGCCGCCGUAGCUGGAGAAAACGCCAGGAUAAUCGCAGGACAGCCGCUGGUCACAUUAGAGAGCUUUCAAUUCCAACAGGCCUUUGAAGACGUCGACACAAGCGCUGGUUUCGUUUGGUGA